AAGCUCCCCAGUUGACGAAGACCGAGCGGUUGGAGCCAGAAGCUUCCGGAGACCUAGGGAGAUCGCGUUGAACGGACCUCCGUCGCCGCCGCCGCCGCCGCCGUCGUCGUCGCCGUCGCCGUUUCGGGGGUGGUCGCCGGGCGCGUCCUGGUCGCCUGCGAGUCCUUGAUCGGGGUCGAUUCAGGCCGCAUUCGCAGCGCAGGGCGGGGGAUCGCCGAGAUGGAGGGAGGAGUGUCGGUGGAGGAGGAGGAGAAGAAGGAGUCGAUGUCGUACAGGUAUUGGGUGAGGGAGGCCACGGGGGAGGCCGCGCCCGCUCCGGUCCCGCGGAAGCUCACGCCGCAGGACGUGGUCUCCGAUUCCCGGUCGCCGGCGACCCUCGGUUCCGUGUGGAAUAAGGCCGGAACUUGGGAGGAGAAGAACCUCAAUAAAUGGGCUUCAGAUAGGAUUCAGGAGCUGCUCACAUCGAUCGGCUCACUGGAAUUCAAUGGUGGCUGUGCAGAGAUAUCAGAAGUGUCAAACUGCAGUGGUGAUGCAUUCCUGGUGACUGUGCGGAACAAGAAAAGGGUUGGUUACACUUAUGAGCUGAAGUUAAGAAUCAAAGGAGAGUGGACUAUCAAGGAGGAGAAAAAGAAAGUCAAAGGUCAUUUGGAGAUCCCUGAGUUUUCAUUUGGUGAGCUAGAUGACCUGCAGAUGGAUGUCGGACUAAGUGAGGAAAAGGAUCUUCUGCAACAAGAUAAGCAGCAGAUCUGUAAGGAUUUGAAACAAUUUUUGCAUCCAGUUCGGGAGAAACUGCGUCAAUUCGAGGAGGAAUUGAAAGAUAGGUAGUCUUAUGCUACUCACAAUAAGAUAGGUAGUGUCACGGUAAUUCGACAUUGUCUGGAAGCCUUUAUUUUGGCUGACAGUCAACUGCAAAACUGCUUCUCAGUAUUUAUGAUAAUUCGGAUUUAAUGUCACCAACUCAAUGCCUUUGGACGCAUCCAGUGUGCGGAAGGCUCUUGUAAUGCUUAAAUGUACUGUAAUUGUUCAACAGCCGUGGGUCGGAGGACUUAAUUUUAGUUGUUUUAAGCUGUUCUGUCCCCUUUCAUCAACUUAUCCUACUAUGGUAUCUUCCAUAA